UCUCUUUCUGACGGUAUAAAUAAACAUGUACGGAGGUGAUUCGGGUGGCAUUCUCACAGGUUACUGCAAUACGUGUCUGUGAAUCUGCUCUCUUUGCUUGCAAGCAAAUAAAUGGACAUUACAACUUUGAUCAUUCAUCAAGACUCUGUUUAUUUGAUAUUGACUGAAAACCUUCACACUCUUCUCCCGAAUAGUCAUAGAAAUAUUCCACAACAACUUGGCGUCACGAACAGGAUAUGUUGAAAGUCCGUCAGGACUCCGAAGGACGUCCGGUGAAAAUGCCUUUCCAGGAUCCCAAAAGACGAUCUUGUCUCAUACCUCAUCAGACACAGAGAGAGAGAACCAGCGACCCGAGGAGGCCUGAUUGACUUCAAACGUAUCCAGACAACGAAUUAAUUCCUGCAUUUCGGUAAAAAAUGCAGGAAUUCCAAUUUGAAAUUCCAAUUAUAACAUUAUAACGUAAAAAGAAACAGAUGAAUGAUCACGUAGUCGUAAUUAUUUGGGGAAUACAAUUGUUUUUAACAUUUGUAUAUUUGUUUUAUUUUUCUUUCUCUAAAAAUCCAUUAGUAUUUCUGGGGCAUCGUUUUCACGUGUUUACGUAGAAGACAGGAUUGUGUUCUACGGUGAAGAUUUAACUCAGAAUAAAAACAUUUUGAGAUCGUAACACAGAUCACUUGACUACAGAUAUAGGUUUGAAAUAAGACCGUUAUGGAAGUACUUCGAAGUACUUCCAUAUUGGUCAAAAACAUUUGGGUUUCCAGAGAACGGCUCAUUAAGUGCCGCUAAACUUAAAAUGUUACAAGGGGAUUUAGAAGGAAAAUUGAAAGAAAUGAAAAGUGGUAAAAAAGUCAAAGUCAGAGACUUGGAAAUGAUAGAAAAGAACCAGCAAUGUCUGGCUCAAUGGGAAAUGGAAUGUGAAUGUAGGGAAAGAAAACAAAUGAUGAAACACAUGACAUGUUUAAAAGAAGAAAAACUGAUUCCAGACACUCAGAAUAACCCAUUCUUGUCUCCUUCUCCUAUGUAUCCGAGUCUAACAGGAGCGGGCGGUCCUCUCCUCAAUACAUGCUAUCAAGCUUCCCCACAGCGAGUCCAACAACCUGACAUCCACCCACCUCCUCCUCCGCCAUAUUCUGGUCCAACUGCGGGCAGACGAGAGACCCGCCUCCACGCUGACCAGCGAAACAUAGCUCAACAGAGUAAUGCUGACUACAGAGCAUCUCCGCCUCACCAGCCUCACCAUCCAACCCAUUCGCGACCCAUCCUCAGACCAUGACCACGCUUCAACCCCAGCAUUCAGCGUCAUGGGCUGACCCAUCCACAUGGAGUGGAACUGCAGGCAAACUCGCUGAUUGUUUCAGCCCCAACACCUCCAUGAACUCUGGCACUGACGAAACCGUUUUCACAGCUCCGAUGAUCCAGGUACCAGGGACCAAUGGUGCUCCAGGUCUCGUGUUCAGAGCCUGGACCCAAACUGACAUUCUACAAGCUGCAUCACACCUGCCUGACAUCAACAUUGCUUCAACUUUCGCAAAAGACUUCCUGAUAUUCUGCAAAGAAUUCAUGCCCACGGGUCCAGAAGUCCACCGGUUGCUGGUCAAACAUGUUGGCCCAACUGACUUCAGCAAAAUCAGAACCGUUGUCAUCGGACCAGGGCAUGACUCCCGCCACGGGGGCCUUAUUUGGGCACAUGCAGAUAACGCACCGUACAGAACCUACGUUGAAGCUGUCUGCGCAGCAUUAGUGACAGCGUUUCCAUCAAAGGUCAACAUGGCUCUCAUAAACAGCACCAAACAAGGCAAAACGGAGGAUGUGACAUCAUAUCACCAAAGACUCCUGUCUGCAUUCCAAACACACAGCGGUAUCGAAGAACCGGCUGACAAAACCACAAUGUCAGUGUGGGAAACACAUACACACAACUCAAGAAUGCCUCCGUCAACGGGCUGUUGCCAGACAUCAAAACCGCAACCGAAUGCUUCGUCAUUGGCCUGGAGGACGCAAGACUUGAUGAAGUGGUAAAGUAUGCCAGACACAAUUGCAAAAUGCACAAUGACAAUCAGGCACGACAAGACAAGCGCAGCAAACAAACUGGAAAAAAAGCCCAACUUGCAAUGCUACAGGCUGUCCAGCAGAUGACGCUAGGAGCUGAGGGAGGCCAACCCCUCCAUCAACCACGCAACAACAACAGGAGGGGCCAACAGAGGGGGCGCGGAAGAGGAAUGCAUUGCGGAGCGGGUCGAGGACGUUUCCAAGAUGGCCGACAAGGAGGAGCCUCACAUGACACUCAACCCAACGAAUGCUUCCACUGUGGUGAGACAGGACAUUGGUUCAGAAACUGCCCUCAUCGUUCUGAACAGGGCGGGGCAGGCCAGCCACGUGGACGCCAGCGCCAUUUCGGAGGUGGUGACUCUCAUCAACAAUUUGGCACUUCUGACUGACGCGAUGUGGGGGAAGGAGACGAUGCGUGUGAGGUGGAGACGGCUUCCUACCCUAUGACUCAGCAACAGGGAAGUGAAACACACACUCACACACACACACACACACAACACGUGCACCACACGCACAUCUGCUGCAACGAAGAACGGCUUCCUCACACGCACACUCAAGAGCAACAGUCUGCUUUGCUCAGUAUUAUUUCACACUUAGAGCAGCAACAAGUGAAAGCAGCUACACCACAACCACAUACUUAUGCUAUGUUUUCAUCAGAUUCAUACAAAAAUAUGCCAACUAUUAAAUUAGUUGUGGAAGGGAAAGAAUUAACCUUUUUGGUAGACUCGGGAGCUACUCAUUCUUUAAUUCAGCAAAAACAUUUUCCUAAACAGCAUAUGACUGGUCGUUUUGUUUAUUCUCAAGGGACUUCGGGAUUGACUGUAACAGAAAAAUGUACUAUUCCUAUGACGAGUGUACACACUGACGAGACUGAUUCAGAACCUGACAUUAAAGUGAAACAUUCGUUUCUACUUUCUUCUUUCUGUCCCAUAAACCUAAUGGGCAGAGACCUAAUGUGCUCGUUUGGCAUAUGUCUGAUGUCAUCAUCUGACGGCUUAAAAGUAGUUAGGCGUAGAGUCGUACAACAAAUGUUGCAACAGACUCCCUCUAACCCUCUUUUUGCCUAUCAGUGGUGGCUUCCUGUUGAUGACGCCCGGAAACUGUGUCACACAAUAGACGCACGUGUCUCACCACAUGCAGUGCAGAGCGCAUGAAUCCUAACCACCUCCAUUGCACUUCACAUGUCUCUAGGGGUCCAGACGACUCUUACGAAGACAAAUUCUUUGACGGCUUAAAUGAUGCAUUGGCAUGUUCUACCUUGUUUUGGUCCACUUACAAAUCUGCUGUGUCUGUCUCUCUUUCUCCUACACAGAAAGCAUUGUUCCAAGUUGCUGAUUCUUUCCCACACAUCUCGCUAUCCAAAGGACGCAAUGAGCAAUGGAGAGACUUGGGACUAUUCGUAGCACAAUGCGAGGCGUUAACUGACUGGGAAACAACAUGUGAUCCCCAUGUCCUGCGCUCGACAUCCACUGGAUUUCACAGAUGUUUUUGUGUGCAUCUGACACCUGCACUCAGAUCAGUCUAUGUGGUUCACGAGCUGAAUAAUGAAGUCAGGACAUUUGUAACUAAUCCCACAUCAAUUUAUCCUGCCCUUACCUCUGUUCCACAGACACUCUGGGCAGCGCACAAAUAUGACGUAGGCCUGAUCAACAACUGUCAACCGGUCGUUAUCACUCCACGAUCUGACUUCCGCCCCCAUAAACACCAGUACCCUGUGCGACAAGAGGCCAUUGACGGUAUUACACCAGUGUUUGACUCACUCCUGAAAGCAGGCGUGAUUAUUCCAUUCCAGACUCACCGGUCAGGACACCGAUAUUUCCUCUUAAAAAGAUCAGAGAUGCAGGCAAACCUACUGAAUGGCGUUUCGUGCAAGAUCUUAAAGCAGUAAAUGCUGCAGUUCACGCACGUGCACCAAAUGUGCCUAAUCCUUACACUAUUCUAGCUCAGAUUCCUCCUGAAGCUAAAUGGUUCUCUGUGGUUGACCUGUCAAAUGCUUUUUUCAGCGUCCCAGUCGACAAAGACAGUCAAUUUUGGUUCGCUUUCAACUUCAACGGUAAGCCAUACACCUUCACUUGACUGUGUCAAGGCUACACCGAAUCGCCAACAAUCUACAAUGAUGCACUCAUAGAAAGCUUAGAAAGUCUAACUCUCUCACCAGGCUCUGCACUUCUGCAGUAUGUUGACGACUGCCUUAUCGCAGCUCCUACUCAAGCACAGUGCCAGAAAGACACAAUUAAAUUGCUACAACACCUAGCCAGCCUAUCUAAAUUACAGUUUGUAAUGCAAAAUGUACAUUUUUUAGGUCAUGACAUUUCCGGGGAAGGGAAAACCCUCUCUCCUAAAAGAAUCGCUUCAAUUGUGUCGAUACCAAAACCGAACACUAAAAAACAGAUGAUGUCCUUUUUAGGCAUGUGUUCAUACUGUCGGUCGUUCAUACCUAACUACUCACAAAUGGAGCAGCCAUUAUCAAGUUUGAUUCACGGUAAAAAUCUCACAGCACACGACAAAAUAAUUUUGUCUAAAGAGGGUCAUUCUGCCUUCACACAAAUGAAAUGCGCUUUACAAACACCUCCAACUCUUGGGUUGCCAGAUCCUAACAAACCGUUCACUCAAACUGUAGAUGAAAGACAGGGCUGCAUGACCUCUGUGUUGCUACAAUCGCAUACUGAUAAACUAAGACCAGUUGCGUAUUUCUCCACAAAACUCGAUCAUGUCGCUGCAGGCUUGCCACAAUGUUUGCGUGCAGUGGCUGCGGCUGAAAAGGCACUCGCUGCCUCACGUGACAUAGUAGGAUACGCUCCAUUAACUCUGUUCGUUCCUCAUUCGGUGUCUUUGAUUCUCUUCGAACAGAAAUCCUCUCACCUCUCUGCAGCGCAAUAUUUGCGUUAUCACACAUGUCUCCUAGACAUGCCGAACGUAACGGUCAAACGCUGUACUAAUCUUAAUCCUGCAUCAUUACUCCACAUUCCUGGUGAUGGAGAGGAGCAUAACUGUUUGGCUGAGCUCCAAGCUCAGUGCACUCCUCGUCCUGAUCUGAUGGACACUCCGCUGCCCAACAGCGACAUGGUCCACUGCCAUGUCACCUCUCUGCCCAGGCAGCUGAGCUCAUCGCGCUCACUGAAGCAUGCAAACUUGCUGAAGGUAACACAGUCACAGUUCACACUGACUCUCGCUAUGCAUUCGGUGUAGUACAUGAUUUUGGUGCUCUGUGGAAACACAGAAAGUUCCUUAAAUCUGACGGUAAACCUGUCCUACAUCACACACUCAUUGCUGAACUGUUAAAAUCAAUUCUGUUGCCAACAGCCAUUGCUGUGUGUAAAUGUGCAGCUCACACUUUUAAUACUGACGACAUCUCUAGAGGAAAUGCUCGCGCAGACACAGCUGCAAAAGCUGCUGCACAGUUUCCUCUCCCCACUUCCUCGGCUCUCAUGUAUUAAUGCGUUUCAGUUCCUUCUUCUCUUACAGCAAUGCAGUCACUCUCCACUCCGGAAGAGCGUCGCCUGUGGUCAACAUGGGUUAGACCACGUGUCAAAAGGAGGAAUGUUGGGCGCAUUAAAUGAAACAUGGUUCACAAAAAGGUUUACAGCAUACGCACAAAAAUUUUGUUCUGCUUGUGUAACCUGCUCUACUCACAAUUUAGGCAGGCCUGUGGCAGUGUCCAGCCAGGCUGCACAUCCGCCUCCAACGCACCCUUUUGAGCAUAUUAUGAUAAUUUUGUCGAGCUAUCUCCAUCUGAAGGUAAGAAACACUGUCUUGUGAUGGUGGACAUGUGGUCAAAUUGGGUAUUUCCAUCCAGUAAGCUGCAACAGUAGCAAAAGCUUUGAUUUCUGAAAUCAUUCCCCGUUGGGGUAUUCCCACUAAAAUAUCAAGUGACAAUGGUUCUCAUUUUGUAAACCAGGCCAUUACAGAAUUAAGUGCAUACAUGGGUAUCGACUUAAGAACACACUGUGCUUACCAUCCAGCCAGUGGUGGCGCUGUUGAACGAGAAAAUGGAACACUUAAGACUAAGUUAGCAAAAUGCUGUGCUGACACAGGUCUGCCUUGGACAAAAGCCCUGCCUCUCGUGCUGAUGUACAUGCGCAUGAGAAAACGAACACGAAGCAAUCUGAGUCCUUUUGAGAUACUGUUUGGUUUUCCUCCUCAUGUAGGUACGGAAGCACCAAAGGCACCACUCCCUUCAACCGCCUUAUGCGAACAUGAAAUGUUAACAUAUUGUGCACAACUCUCCUCUGCUUUAUCUAACAUAAGACAACAGGUGUCUGCCGCCCUCCCAAGGCCAGCUGAAGGACCUCUUCACAAGCUGAAACCUGGUGAUUUCGUGGUGGUAAAAGACUUCAGAAGGAAGAACUGGAAAGCACGACGCUGGCAGGGACUAUUCCAGGUUCUCCUCGUUACUCACACGGUUGUGAAGGGCAACUUGGUGGCUGAGAGGGCAACUUGGGUCCACGUGUCACACUGCAAAAAGGUCCCGGCUCCAGGAGACACACCGAUCGAAGCUACAGGUGAGCUAGCACCUACUACAAGUGUCAGCCAAUCGGCACCACCGAGGGAGGCGAUGCAGUGAUCACGGACGGAAUCACAAUGGGCAGUUGACCGACAGACACUUGCGUGUUCUGUGUUGACUGUCUACCUCCCUACGCUCAUGCCACGCAAGAAAGACGGCUGGCAGAGUCCGUGCCAAAAUCGAAACGUGUUUCUACCAACGAACACGAGAAAAGGAACACGACCAGGUCCUCUCCAUAAGGACACAAGGAUCUGUUGCACUGCCGUCAUUAUACUAGUGCUAUUGCUUAUUUCUUUUUCAAUUUAUUCAUGUACUACUUAACUGCUCUAACCAAAAGAGUGGCUAGAUAACAGUGUCUCUGACAAUUUUGUGGAAACCUCAUUGUGUCAACACAAACAGAACUGCUCACACAAACCAGUUGCUCGGGUGAACUCCAUAGAAACUUGGUUGGCUGUUGCACUCUUGCCAUGGAGUGACAGCGCCCAUGGAGCCCUCUUAGGAGGGUAGGUGGGACUCGUUUCACAUAUUGUAUUUUUGUAAUCAUUGGUUUACUCGUACUAUUGCCUAUCAUCCUACUCCACCUGAAACAUGUAGACGACUUACGCAACCGGCAUAAUAACGAAACUACUGACUCCAACAAUGACAACUCAACAACGCAUAACCGUACCAGACGCACCGCAGUAAAAAACUUAAAACAUGGUUGGCUCGACAACAGCCCAGGUGCAUUAAUCCACGAUUAUUCAUCCAACAUUUGGUGGCGAUACGCGCGGCAUUCAGCCCGCGAACAAAACCGCACUAAUUGCUAUGUCUGCUCAAUGAUGCCGGCCUCAUCUCACCAACCUCGUAUAUUAGCGACUAGGUCUCUAGGUCCUACAGAGGGCUGUUUCGUCAGUAAAGCAGUUUUAGGGUAUUACAGUAGUUAUGCAGCAUGGGCUUCAGUAAAUAGCACUAUGUGCGCAAAAACACACCCUACACAGAGAUACCGCGGAAGCAGCGCUACUUCGUCCCAAUUUCAAGCAUCACACGUACAGUAUGCACCACACUUGAACUUUUCAUUUUGUUUUGCGCGUAAUGGCUCAAAAUCAGUAGGUCAACUUCAUCCCUCUAUGUGUAACGUCACUUUCAUAGGGGCAACUUUUGUUCAGGACAAAGACUACUCCAGAUUCGGCGACACAUCCAAUCAUCCAGCCGUCACCGUGAAUGACACUGUAAGUGUGUUCUACCGUCUUUCGUGUGCAAAUAGCUCAGGUAAUAUAACAGCUGCAUCUAUAAGGAGGUGCAUGCAACUAGCGAGACUUGAGGAUUGCACACUAGUUAAAGACUGCACGCGAGUUCCAUUUUACCUACAACGGUUUUCAUACGAUGGGUGGAAACAUGUGGCACGAGAUACAGUGGACUGCCCAGCAGGAGUUAAAUGCUCUCUAGCCCACUACACAGUGGUUCCCGGUAAAAAGGGCACAUAUCCGGUAACAGGUGGUUGGUGGCUCUGCGGUCACACAGUGUAUGCUGCACUACCUCCAGAUUGGGAUGGAGUUUGCGCUCCAGUAUCAAUAUCCGACCACACAGUAAUAAUAUCAGCUGUGCCUAAAACACGUUUUUCUCGCGACUUGGUAUUCAAAAAACAUGACUCAGUUUGGGGUUCAGACGUCCCGGAUGAAUUCAAACACUGGAGCGUCGGCUCCAAGGUUGGCAUUUCACUGCUCCCUUGGGUAGGCGUGGCAAAAAACACAUUACGGUUAGAAACUUGAUUACCGACUAAAGAGUUUCCUGAACUACACUCUUGCGGCAUUCACAAGAACCACUGAAGAAUUGACUGCCUUGCGCCUCAUGGUUAUGCAAAAUAGAAUGGUUUUAGAUCAACUGACUGCACCACAGGGUGGCGUUUGUAUUGUUGGGGAAUACUGUUGUACUUUUAUUCCAGAAAAUGACACUGAUGGUCAUAUCAUUGCACAAGCGAUUCACAACAUCACUAAAAUACAGGAAGCUAUGGCUAAAGAUGGUACUCCACCUCCAGACUGGCUUACAGGCUUAUGGUACUCAUGGAAGGGGACUUUGAUACAAGCCGCCAUUAUCCUAUGUGCUUUCUUUGUAUUUGUACUUUGCGUCAUCCCACUGCUCAGACACAUGAUCUCUCAACUCUUUGCCAAAAAGAUGACUAUGUAUACUCGUGUGGCAAUUAACGACCAAAAACCUGACCUAUUUCCUAUACCUGACUACACAGACAACUUCGACAGCGACACUGACUCCUUGGAUGAUUCCGAUACUCAGGUCUAAAGACAGUUUUUGAUUUUUAUCUUUUUUAUUUUUUUGUGUUUAUUGAACUGUAUUGCUUGCUUAAAACAACCAGAGACUUUGUCUCACAAAAACAUAUUUUUGCAAUAUUAAAGUGGUUAUAAUGUAAUCAAAAGAGUGGAAUGUAACGGUAAAAAAUGUGUUAACAUGAUCUCUGAAUGUCUCUGUAUGACACAUCAGCAUAAGCGUGAGAGGAAGCGCCUGUUGUCACCUAAGACAUUUCCAUAUAAGGUUAAAGCAUAGGUCGAGGCACUUGCUUUGCCAUAUAAGGCAAUGGCAUGAGACAAAACACCUUCCUCUUAAUGUAAAGGAAAUGUACCAGACAUUUAUGCACACGUAUGACUUGUCCCCCCCCUUUCUCUGUCUCCUUUCUCUUUCUGACGGUAUAAAUAAACAUGU